AUGCCCGUACGAUUAGCCAAUAUCAUGAAAGAGAUCGCCUUACUUCCAGAAAACCUUCUACGUAUGCCCAGUGUGGUAGCAGUCAAUGAUUGGUACAUGCAGAGUUUUCAAGAAAUCAUAGAAUUUGAAAAGAAAGAACCAAACGCCGAAACAGUAGAACAUUUUUGUAAUGAAUUAGUUAAGAUCAGGAAUAGGCAUACGAACGUAGUUGAAACGAUGGCUCAAGGUGUUUUGGAGCUGAAAGAAUCUCACGACGUUGACCAGCAUACUGAGCAUAGUAUUCAGUACUUUUUGGAUCGAUUUUAUAUGUCGAGGAUAUCUAUUAGAAUGUUGAUUAACCAGCACACUUUACUAUUUGGCGGUCAGUUGGAAAACGCCCCGGGACCUAACAGUAGCAAGUACAUCGGUUGCAUAGACACCCAAUGUGACGUCGUGAGUGUGAUCAAAGAUGCUUAUGAGAAUGCGAGCAUGUCUGGUCGAGAGGGCGGCAAAAAGAAACCAUUAAAAGCACCCAAAAAAGAUUCAAAAGAAUUAGAUGAUGACGAUCUAGCACACAAGCAGAAAUUGAAAGAGCAGCAGAAAGCUUUACAAGACGCCAAAUCGAAGGCUUCUCAAAAAGGACCUUUAGUGGGAGGUGGUAUCAAAAAAUCUGGGAAGAAAUAGUGUUCAUAUUUUUUAAUAAUUUUUUUAUUUGAUGAAAUAAAUUUACCUCAAGGAGACAGUGACUAAUAUACAAGAUUUGUAAAUA